GUACUCCUACAUGGCUCAUCAAGCCUCGUUCCAUACUAUGGCUCACCCACCCCCACCCCCUCUUGGUAUGACCCCACUCAUUGGGGUAACUUUGGAGGAUCUAGCUCCGGGGGUGGAGGUUACGAUGGCGGGGAUGGCGGAGAUACACACAUGGGUGACGGGAGCUUUGGAGGCGGUUUUGGAGGCGGCUACUAUGGCGGCGAAGGUGGGCAAUAGGGACAAUGCUUGGGCUGAGAAGGGGGGAGACUCCUCAUGGAACUCAUUUGAUCUCUUGGGAGAAACAGGAGAAGAAGAAAAAGAGGAAGAAGAGAAGAAGAAAAAGAGGCGAG